AUGGAUCCUGCUGCUGCUGACCCUACUGCUACUGCGGCGCCUGACGCUAACCAGCCUAACUGCAAUGGAGAUGCCGUCGAUCUCGAUAUGAUGGGCCUGCGCAUCGGCUCCGUCUUCAUCUUGCUUGUCGCCUCGCUCAUUGGCGCCGUUCUGCCCGUCUUCUUGGCGCGCCAGAAAUUCCUCCACGUCCCCAAGUUCACCUUCUUCAUCUGCAAGUACGUCGGUACUGGUGUCAUUAUCGCUACCGCCUGGCUGCACUUGCUCGACCCUGCCAUUGACAACUUUGACGAUGACUGUGUCAAGGCUCGCGUUCCCGAGUACCCAUGGCCAUUGGCUAUUGCUCUUAUGGUUAUUCUUCUUAUGUUUGUGAUCGAGCUUAUUGCUACCAAGCUCCAGCGUGAGAGCGAAACCGACGGCACUGACAGCGAUGGCUGGUCUUUCGACGGUAUUGCUAAGGGCAAGCCCGCCCACGCCAAGAAGGUUGCUGAUCUUGAAGACUGCGACCACGCUAACCGCGAGGGUCCCUUCUCCGGUCCUGAUCCCAAGGCUGUUCCUGGCCCUGCCGACGACCUGAGCUACCCCCCUGGUGGUAAGGACCACCUCGGCCACACUCGCUCUCACGACGCCAACGAGACCGGUCUCGGUGGUCAACUCACUGCCAUCUUCGUCCUCGAAUUUGGUGUCAUUUUCCACAGUGUCUUCGUCGGUUUGACUCUUGGCACCACCCCUUGGGAGAACAACCAGUUCACGAUUCUUCUGAUUGUCCUCUGCUUCCACCAGCUCUUCGAGGGUCUUGGUCUUGGUUCUCGUCUUGCUACCGCUCCUUGGCCCGAGACCAAGUCAUGGCUUCCUUACCUCUUGGCCUUUGCCUUUGCCCUUUCGACGCCUGUCGGUAUUGCUGCUGCUAUUGGCGCCAAGCCCACCAACGCCACCGACCAGAAGCUUACCAACGGUAUCUUUGAUUCCAUCUCUGCCGGUAUUCUCAUGUACACCGGUCUUGUCGAGCUCCUUGGCCACGAGUUCAUGUUCAACCCUCACAUGCGCCGCGCCCCCAUGGGCAUCCAGCUGUUUGCUUUCGGCUGCAUCUGCUUUGGUGCCGGCAUCAUGGCCGUCUUGGCUCACUGGGCCUAA